ACAUACUACGUCGUUUGCGUAGUUUAUACCAAGUCCGCAUACGAACCGGAGUGUUAUCGGAGAAUAUAACCUAAACAUUUUGGUCAAGUGCUUCUCAUUAUCUUUCCUAGGCAAUUAUCUUUCCUGAUAUUUAUUUAAGGCACACCAUCAUAAUUACGACGAUUUUUUUCUGCGACUUUUCUGGAUUGUAACUGCACUUCCAAAUUGCGCUGUUAUACCUUUGAUAUCUGCCACUGGAAUAUUUGGUUACCAUAUUGUUAAAUGUAAAUAAAGGAUUUCUGCUUCGAGAUACGAUAUUCGAAAUGGGUUGGGUAUUAGAGGUAGCCAAGAUGUUUAUCUACAUAUCGUUUCCCGUUGGAAUAUUUCACUAUGUGAAUCAGCCAGCCUACUAUGACAAGUAUGUGGUAGAAGCGAAAAAGCAGUACUUCCCACCUGAGAGUAAAAGUGCGCACGAGCAGAUGGAAAAAUUUAUUGAAGAUUUCAAUGCUAGUGCCGAUAAGAAAUACUGGGACGCCUUGGAGAGGCAAAGCAGAAACUAACAGUGAAGAAAAUAUAUUGUAAUGUUUCUAAUUGUGAUACCGGUAGUGAAUUUUUUUUUUAAAUACAGAUAUCAAAAUAUCCUUGGUUAAUUAAUAGUUAGUAGAAAUAAAAAUAUUGAUAAACAUUUUGAA